CCCGCAGUACCACGGCCGCGCUCUGCGGCAAAGAACUCCCGGCCCCUGGAAGGCGGCUCUCCCCGCGGCCUAACCAAGCGGCGUCCCCCUCACCUCGCCGAGCGACUACAUCGGCUCGAGCGGGUGCCGGAGCGAACAGGGGGGCGGCGGGGCGGGACUGGCCGCCGGCUGCAGCCCGCCAAUGGAGGCGCAGACCGCAGCGCUGCUCCGGCCACUGAGCCUCCGCUGGAACGCGAGUGGGCGGGAAGCGCCGAGGAGGCGGUGAACCCUCGUGCGUGGAGGAGCUGUGCUGACGCCGCCCCGAGCCAAUGGUGAGCCAGCGGGUACGGAGCGGUUCCGGGGCAGGUGUCGCCGGCAGCGGCUGUUGCCCGGGGGAUGAGCUCGGAGAAGGGGAACGUGUCGCGCACGCGGCCCCAGCGCUACCAGAACGCGCACGCCUUCAGGAACGAUAAGUACGACACCAGCGCCCGGCGCAAGAAAAUAAAUGCAAAACUUCACGAUGGAGUGUGUCAGCAUUGCAAAGGUAUCUUGGAGUGGCGAGUAAAAUUCAGCAAGUACAAACUACUAUCAAAACCUAAAAAAUGCGUGAAGUGCCUUCAGAAGACUGUAAAAGAUCCUUACCACAUUAUUUGUCGACCAUGUGCUGGUAAACUAGAAGUUUGUGCUAAAUGUGGAAAAGAAGAAGAAAUAGUAAUCCCGAUUGAUAAUGGACAAGAUAGAACCGAGAGUGUGACUACUAAAAAUGACAAAGAGAGCAGUGGAUUGGAGGAUGAGCUGGAUUUUGAUACAAACAACAAUAGUACAGACAAUGACAAAGAUUCUGAUGAGCUUGAAGAACAAUUCAAAAGUAUGAGUUUUGAAAGGCCAGAUCUAAAAGGUUGAGUUGGUGUGGGAGACUACAUACAAUCAAAAUGUUUACCUUAAACUACUCAGAAAACCUGAUUCUACAUGUGAGGUCGUUGCAUAUAAAUGUUGGCACUGAGUAUUAUGAUGCUUGUUGAAGGGUUUGUAUAAAUAACUAUGGUUUUGUAUCUAGAGCAGAAUUUCUCAUGAAGAGAUCAUAAAUUUAAUUUUUCUUGCAUACAUGUAACAACUUAGUGUUUCUCUGGAAUAAAGCCUCUUUGUGUAGUUGUUCUAAAUUGAGUAUUACUUGACUGUUAUAUUGCCUCUUGGAAAGCUACAUGAAAGUCUAGAAUACAUACAGAGUUUUGUCACAAAAAGGAAGAGCUAAACCAGCUCUAAUAGUUUGCUGAAGCAAGAACUUGUAAGUUUGCGUAAAUGUGUUUCCAAACAAGGUUAAAAAAAAACAAGUGGUCAUUACCUUUAUGCCUGUUUCUUUUCUGUGCCAAAAAACAAGAGAGCCUAAAUGCCUUCACCAGAACAAUUCAUGAGAUGUUAAUGCUUAUUUGCCAUAUAUGAAUAUAUGUUACAAAAUUGUAGAACAUAAAAGAUUUUUUAGAGUUUCAUGUAACAGGUCUCACACUUCCUUUUUCUUUGACUGCAGAUCUAAUGUAGUUUACUCUGAUACAAGAAGACUUGCGUGUUGAUGCUUAUGUAGUUACUCUCUUCCUGAUUUUCAGUUCUUUCUAGGGGUACUUCAAUGUAGAUUGAACUAUAGGAAGAUUUUAACUGAAUUUGCAGUAUACCUUUUAUGGGAUUCAGGAUGGUUUGAUUUCAUCUGUAUUGUCUGCUACCUCUACAAAUAAAGCUGAAGAAGUACUUCCUAGUAAUUAAAUGGUUUAACCUAUGACACAUUUGCCUCGUUUUUCUGCCUGAUUUUCAGUAGUCGGCGUAGAAAAAUUUCAUUCUCAAACUACCAUCUUCAAAUUGAAUUGUGAAGGACCUCUGCUCUGUGAUAAUUGUUCCCCUCCCCCUCAAUGGGGGAGAUAUGGGAACUUUGUGCUUGGGCUAGAGAUAGCCACCCUGUGGCUGCUGCAAUUGACAUUAACUUUAGAAAAAAUCUAGUUACCAGUAUGUGAAGUACUAAGACAUGCAACAGUCAACAGUCUAGAAACUCAAAAGGACAAUGAUUUAGUAUUUUAAUUAUUUUAAUUUUUUAGUAUUGACAAAUACAGGUAUCAGCAAAAUACAAAAGAAUUCUAAAGUCAUGGACUAGUUUUUUUAACUGUGUAGGUGCUUGUCACUAUACAUAAAACUGUAAAAAUUAUCAAAACACUUUCACCUUUUCUAAACUAUUUGUAUCUUAAUAUGUAAUACACACUAGUAAUCAGCUUGUUUUUUCUUUUUUUUCUGUUGUUCCUUUUUUGUGUUGCCCUUGUGCUUUUGAAAAACAUGAUUCCCUAAGACCCUUGAUUUUUCUGUCCCAUGUAGAUCUUCUGCAUAGGUAGGUUUUUGCUGAGUGUUUUGUGAUGCCCACUAGCAGUAAACUAUUGAAAAAUAUUCUACUUGUCUUCUCUGUUCACGUGAUGCAAUGUGACUUUUGUGACUUUUCACUGAGACAAAGUCUAAAGUUUACUAAGUGUUGGGGUGAUGCUCUGUGUCCUUUUGUUGUUGCUUAUUACGUAGUUGUUUGCGGUCAUAAAGGACUAGGCCUGAUGACCCAGACGACCCAUUGCCUUUCCCCACUCAUUC